AUUAUCUAUCGAUCAAUGUGGUGUUGUGAUUGAUUUUAAUAGGCCUUAUAUUAUUCAAGUUGCAAGAUUUGAUCCCAGUAAAGGCAUUCCACUUGUAAUUGAAUCAUUCAAGAUAUUCCGUGAUAAGCUUAAAAAAGAGGGCUGGCCCUCUGAAAAAAUGCCUUCACUAAUAAUUUGUGGUGCUAGUAGCAUUGAUGACCCAGAUGGUAGCCCAAUUUUUGAGCAAACCUGCAUGUUAUUGCAACGGCCCGAAUAUGCUGACAUUGCAGAUGAUGUUUCAGUUGUUCGUCUUCCAGCAUGUGAUCAGAUAUUUAAUGCUAUGUUAAGGUGUGCUCGUGUCGCGUUGCAGCUUAGUACGAGGGAAGGAUUUGAGGUUAAAGUCACAGAAGCCUUGGCUAAAGGUGUUCCAGUAGUGGCAUUUAAAGCUGGUGGCAUCCCACUUCAAAUCAAGCAUGGAGAAACUGGAUUUCUCGUUGAUAUUUGCGAUACAGCUCAAGUAGCAAAUCAUUUAUUUGCUUUAUUUACAAAUGAUGAGUUAUAUAAAAAGAUGUCAUUUUUAGGAAGAUCAACUUUAAAUGAACAAUAUUUUACAGUUUUUCAAACAGUAAAUUGGUUAUAUUUGAUUGACACAUUUGCAUCAAUAAAAUGGAAAAAUUCGACAAGCAAUACUAAUGAUAUUGUAAUAGGAAAUGCUAAAUGGGUUAAAGAUCUUUGGACAAAACAAUAUGGGUCAGAUAACUUGGGACAGAACAAUAUGGGUUUACAUCUUUGA